GGAAGCAAUAAAAAGGAGAGGGAGCAGGAGCAUCAGCAGAGACCUGCAAGGAGCACAUCCCCAGGUUCAUCAGCUGUCUGCCGGCUGCAGAGAUGGUGCAAGCAACUCCCUUGCUCCUCGUGCUCUUCCUGGCCCUGGGGGCUCAUGGCCUCGCUGUGAAAAAGUGCUCCCUGACUGGGCGCUGGGUCAAUGACCUGGGCUCCAACAUGACCAUCAUGACCGUGAAUGCAAACGGUGCCUUUGCUGGCUCCUACCACACGGCUGUGACAGCCACCUCCAACGAGAUCAAGCUGUCACCACUGCAGGGAUCCAUGCAGAAGAGCCCUAACCAGAAGGGCCAGCCCACCUUUGGCUUCACCGUCAACUGGAGCUUUUCAGACUCCAUCACUGUUUUCACGGGCCAGUGCUUUGUGGAUGAGUAUGGAAAGGAGGUUUUGAAGACCAUGUGGCUGCUGAGGUCACAUGUGGAGAACAUUAAAAAUGACUGGAAAGCCACCAGGGUGGGCACCAACGUCUUCACCCGCCUGCAGUCACAGGAAUGAGGCAGCAGCGGGGGCUGCCCGGGCCGGCAGCAGUGCCAGGGCUGUGCCCCUGCUCCUGCAGCACCACCUGCUUCUCCCAAUAAAGCUUUGCUGCAAACACC